CGUCGGCUUUGGGUUGGCUUGUUAGCCAUCUGUCCCCGGGCAUCGAGUUCUUUUAACCAGGAACCUCUAGAAUGUCUAGAUGCCUCUGAGAUCGACAGUAACUGCGUCUCGGGCGAGAAGGAAGGAGCGAGGUUUGAAAGCCCUGACUUCCCAAAAAGCAGUGCCGGAAGCCACAUGUGACUAAGAUUGGCUGAUGCUGGAGGAUGUGUGGGUUGUACACCAGGGAAUGACUGUAAUUAGAGGUUAGUUUAUACAGAGUGUUGUGCUCAGAUUGCAAAAACCCCUAAGAGACCACCAGGAACCACAACUCCGAUGUAAGCACAGGCUCUGCACCUCCCUGAAGGACGGGUAAAAAGUGAGCGGACCCAUGGAGGCAGUAACAUUCAAGGAUGUGGCUGUGGUCUUCACUAAAGAGGAGUUCAGGCUGCUGGACUCUGCCCAGAGGAAGAUGUACCAAGAUGUGAUGGUGGAGAACUUCCGGAACCUGCUCUCAGUGGAGUAUCAACUUUUCAAACGAGAUAAACCACACUUAGAAAGAGAAGAGAAGCCUCGAAUGAGGAGGGCAGCCCAGAGGGAGCGAGAUUUAGGAAUUAAGGCUCAGCAUGAGAGAGGGGCUGUCCGAGGUAGAGGGUCACCUGAAGCCCUUUCCUGCUGGCAAAUCUGGCAGUGGGUCACGGACGACAUAACCACGUGUCAAGACUCUGUGGUAAAUACUCCUCAGUUACAGGGCCGGCUCCGGUCAGGGUCAUCUGCUCACGUUUCUGAAUAUGAGGACUGUAUAAAGAGUCAUACAAUAAAUGUCCCCAUCAGUGCCAGAAGGCUCCGGCUUCCCACUUUGAGAACCCAGAAAACUUUCCUGCCCGAGCCACAGAACUGUAAGGAUCAAUACCACCGAGUCUCCAAGAGAGAUGAACCAGGUCAGAGUAAACAGGACAUUCAGUCUCCCAGCCGGCUUCCGCAUCCCCACUCUGAUCACAGAGUAAACAAAAGUAAAGAGUCGCAUGGCCCCAGUGAUCAUGGGGGAGAUGGUAUGGAGGUGGCUCCAUUUGACCAGAAUGGAGCGAAUCACACUAGACAGAAAAGCUCCCAAUGCAAAGAAGCUAUUCCCAAUCCCUCCAGCUCUGAUCCCCACCAAGUGUUAGACUCAGGAGAGAGGACUUGUGAGGGUGUGGACGAUGGAAGAGGCUUCCCUUGUGGCACAGAUGGCUGUGCUCAUCAAGGAGAUCGCACAGGAGAAGAACGUAAAUUUGGUCAUAAUCCACAUCUCCGCAUCCACCAGCCGGUCCACACGGCCGUGAAGCCAUUCACGUGUGAGCAUUGCAGAAAAGACUUCAGUUGUAAAUCGGCACUCAGUGUCCAUCUGAAAGUGCACACUAGGGAGAGACCUUACACCUGUGAGACGUGCGGGAGUGCCUUCAGCCAGGCCUCCCACCUCCAGGACCACCAGAGACUGCACACUGGGGAGAAACCGUUCAAAUGUGAUGCCUGCGGCAAGAGUUUCAGCCGCAAUUCACAUCUGCGCUCCCACCAGAGGGUCCACACCGGAGAGAAACCGUACAAGUGCGAGGAGUGCGGGAAGAACUUCAUUUGUAGCUCAAAUCUCUACAUCCACCAGAGAGUCCACACAGGAGAGAAACCCUAUAAGUGUGUGGACUGCGGGAAAGAAUUUAGUCGCCCUUCGAGUCUUCAGGCUCAUCAGGGCAUUCACACCGGAGAGAAAUCCUACGUAUGUACUGUGUGUGGUAAAGGCUAUACUCUGAAUUCAAACCUCCAAGUUCAUUUGAGAGUCCACACCGGAGAGAAGCCGUACAGUUGUGAUGUGUGUGGGAAGGGCUUCAGUCGCUCUUCACAGCUGCAAUCCCACCAGAGAGUUCACACGGGGGAGAAGCCUUACAAGUGUGAUGUUUGUGGUAAGAGCUUUGGUUGGCGGUCAAACCUUAUAAUUCAUCACAGAAUCCACAGCAGCGGUAAACCGUACAAGAGCAAGAGAGACGGUAAAAACAUCAAGGAAUCCAUUCAGGAAAAUUGUUCUAUAAAAUAGCGCUUGAAAAGA